GCCUUAUUCAGUAACCAUCACGACGGCAAGAAGCAAGGCCUCCGUUGUAGUGAAGCUGAAGUCGUAAAGGGUACCAACCUAAGGUUACCAUUGAGCCAAACGACCACAGUCAAGAAUGGGAAACAUUGACGUCUUUCAUCUUGGAUUGAUGUACGCGAUAUCUAUUUGGUCCUUCGUGCCAACCGACCAGCUUACACCGGCUCAUUCCUGUAUGCUACGUCAUCAGUCACACGACUACAUCGCCGACUGCCGUAACAGGAAUCUCACAGACAUCCCCAAUGGCCUCCCAGCGACCAUCAACACCUUGCUUCUCAGAGACAACAACCUUAAUAUAACACGCCUUCCAGCUGGAUUGUCCCGAUUCUAUGAUCUUGGUCAUCUUGACUUAUCCUGCAAUCAACUGAGUGUUUUGCAGCCAAGAACUUUCAUUCAUCUUAAGAGUCUCGAAACGCUAGACCUAGAAGGAAAUCGCCUCCCACUGAACAAUUUGGCAUAUCCAAAUGCCACGUUUCAGGGUCUUCCGAACCUUCGUUCAUUGAAGAUAAACAACAAUGUCAAAGAUCUGGAUCUGACCUCAGAUAUGGACUAUCCAGGAUAUGUACUAGCAGAGUUGUCUGCCCUUGGGGAAUUGUUUAUUGAUGGUAUACCUUCAGGUGAAUUUGGUGAGGAGUUUCGUUCUCUCAGGAAGCUUACAAACUUAACAUUGUCUGGGAGAAUAGGUACAUGUAAUAUUCCUAACAUCAGGGGAGACUACUUUCUAAAUCUGAAGCAUCUGACCUAUUUGAAUAUGACACAAUGUUCCAUAUCUCACAUUCGAAGGGAGGCUUUAACUAAUUUACAUAACGUCACAAUUCUAGAUAUGUCCAAAAUUCACGAAUGGACAUGA